AUGCCCUCACGGGCGGACCACGGCGAUCUUAUGGUUCGCCUCCGCGCGGUCCGCAGCCACGUCGCGCAGCUCCACUUUGCCCUCCUCGGAAAGGCACGGAUUCUGCGCCUGCUGAUGCUGCUGCCCCCGUCCUCUCCGGCGUUUUCGUCGUCUUCGGGCGAGACCGCGCGCUACCAUGCCGCGUUGACCGGGCUGCGGGGCGGCCUCGCGCGGCUCGCGGGCGCACGGGGGGCUGUUGACACCGCGCGCGUGAAUUUAGUGGCCGGUGUCGCGGCACGGUUGGUCUCCCGGUGCAAUGUCAUGGAUUAUAUCAAUAAUGUGCAGACGCAGAUGGCGUUGGUGCUCUUUCCCACCUCCCUCAUCCCUGGGGUGUGGACGAUGAACGUGAUGGUGCCUUGGCGCUCUGGUCCGACCCUCACCCCCUUUUUCUCUAUCGUUGCCAUUACCCUCAGCAUUCUCUUACUUGGACUCUCUUACCCUCUGUAUAAGUACUACACCUAUAAACCUCCAGGUGCACUUGUUCCUUCGUUUGACUAA